UUACAUAAAAGAAACCAGGGUUGGCGCCAGCCUCGGCACGUCUCAAGGCCUGAACUUGGACACAGUCGUGGCAGGCGCUGCCAAGAAAGAUGUCACGACGACACGACAGGUGAGGAAACCCAGCUUCGGAGCCGGACGUCAAGCGACUGCACCCACGAGCCUUCAUGGCUGCGCACAAGCUUCAGUUGCCUCGUAGACAGAGCCUCGCGUGGUAUGCACAACGCUGCCUUGCGCGUUGAUCUAUCCUGAAGGGGAAACUCUUCGAUCUCGUCACAUCCACAAUAAGCUAAACUCAUCUUGUCCAUUUCAAAUAGAGAAAGGAAAAAAGAAAUAAUUAUAGUUUCGUACUCCUCUACCAUGAAGAGACUGAAUUCAAUCAGAGGCAGUUUCAGCCAUCGCAGGUAGUGACUGCAAGUUUUGACGACGGUUUCAAUAUUGCUGGAUAACGCAGCUAUGUCAUUGUAGAGGUUUGAUUUUUAUGCAUCGUAUUAACAAGGGAUUACGAAGUGAUGGAUCGUGGGCUGAUGUUGAACAGCAAUCGGGCGAUGGUCUUAUGAGAGCUUGGUAUGUCUGCGGCGGAGUCCUCGCUGUAUCUCGUGGUUUGGGGGAUUUCAGCGUUUGGGAGUUAGUGGUCACCGCCAUAGCACCGGAGCAGUUGAAAUUUGGUGUAGCUCGGGAAGAAUUGUGGGUAUGACGCUCAAGUAGGAGCAUGCUGUUGAUCACUAUAAGUGAGGAUCUGGAAUCGAGAGUGAGGAUAAGGAGGUUGAUUUUCAGUUUCCGUCGACUGAUUGAUUUAUUGCUCUCAUGAGCAGCCUCUGCACAUUCAGAACUGAAUCUCUUGCGAGUUUCUGGGUGCGACAUGGGAAACACACCGAGCUGUUCUUCACAGUGAAGAUCCUUCGAUCACUUUCACGUUGACAGCCCUGGAAUACUUUGAAGACGAGAUGCGGGGUAAUUCAGGAUUCGUGUGAGAAACAGUCACAUCUAAGAGCACGAUUACGUCAUUGUCUUGGACUCUUUGGCAUUUCGGUCCUUUCGAACACUUCCAGGUUGCAAGGAGUAGGAGGCUAGGUUUCAACUUUCAGUUAUUUUAUCGAUUUGCUCCGAGGAUCUAUUUAUAGAUCGACCCCCUAAUUGCAAACCAAGUGUGGCAGCUCCCAUGAAUUGCCUUUGAAGUUCGUCAUGCGAGUUGAAGUUACCUCAUUCGAUCUCAAGGCAGUCUCUUUCCAUCCCGGUCAUCAUACGUGAGGAAUUUCCGCAAGAAAAAAAGGUUUGCAAUUCAUUACCUGUCCCCUUAUCAGAAGAAUUCCCAACAUUACCCCCCCCCCCUCGGCCUGAGGCUUACAUUGCUGUUCAUCUAAUUACGAACUAUUUUUUCAAGGAUUGUAAACUUUGAGAAUUAGGCAUUACAUGUAGGGCCGAAAGAAAACUGCUGAUAUAAGAAAUAAGAGAAGGAGCUCGAAGAGACGCCCACUGCGGCAAGAGGAGGACAUCUGUGGUGACGACGACGAUGUGGCAAAUGAAAGGCGAUUACGACCAAAAAGAUUCUGUGUUUCGAGAUUUUAAGGACGUGUACAAGCGCAAGCCUACGAAUCGCAUCUUGAGCAUAUCCGCAGCACUCACAUGCUUGCAAUGCUUUUUCGCAUUAUACGGGACGGUGUUGCUGUUCCAUAUGAGCCCCUCCGUGGAGCUCAUGGCUGCCUCGGAUGGCAGCACUUUCUGGGCGGGACAAAUCGCUCGGCAGUGGAAAAAUUGGAUGACCACAGCUGCGUACCGUGCGUCACUCAAUCAUUUGCCUCCUGUCCCACUCGCCAAGUCGGAUGUGUGCGAACGCGAAGAGAUUAACUUCGAACAGAAGAAAAGCACUGACAAGCGCAUGAUCGGCUUCAAAACGAGCUUGUUCAACGAGGUAAUGAGCUUCCAGCAGAAGUCGCGGGGAUGUGAGACGUUGGACGAGCUGAUGGCUCUACCAUCCUCAUCGGCGGGGGCUAAGGUCACCGUGAUUGUAAAUCACUACCAACGGAAGACUCUGUGCGCGCAGCUGGAUGCUCUCCUUGAGCAGACGCAUCCUUUCCAUAACCUUUGGGUGCUUGCCUUUGGGAGUCCGCAGCAAGAUCAGCUGCGCUCAAUUGUGGAAACCUACAACGACAGUCGCAUCACCUUCGUCGGCUCCACAUACGACUUCAAAUAUUACGGCCGCUUCCAAUUGGCAUUGCAGACAGUGGGCGCUGAUUUCGUCUACAUGCUCGAUGAUGACAUGAUUCCAGGAAAAAGGAUGAUUGAGAUUAUGGCACACAUCGGGGCUACCGAUAAGUACCGUAAUUCAGUUCUGGGCAGCAUUGGCCGCAUACUUCCAUUCCGACAGAAAGACUUCACAUUCCCCAGUUACCGAAAGUUUGGAUCAAAAGAAGCAGGAAUCUAUUUGCCUGACCCAGCUUACAACAUUGUCGUCGACCGCAUCGUGCAGGUCGAUUUCCUUUCCAGCUCGUGGUUUAUCUCCGCCGACUUAAUCCGGUCCCUGUUCAUUGAGAGGCCCUUCACGUUUGUCACAGGCGAAGACCUUCACUUGAGUUACCUCUUGCAAAAGUACAUGAACGGAGGAUCUUAUGUCGUGCCUGUGGAUCCUCGCAACAAAGAGACGUGGGGGGACAGUGAGCACCGCUUGGCGUAUGUUUCUGAAACAACUGUCAUUCACAAAGACAUCGUCCAGGUUAGGGACAAUCAAUGGUGGAGGACGAUGUCGCGAGGCUAUGUAACGCAGUGGGCCGCCAUGAAUCCACAGAAAAGCGAUGUCAUCUUCUACGCAGACACGCUGGAUGAGGUUCGAGCGCUCGCUCCUCUCAUUCUCAAGUUCCGCGCCACCCCUGGGAAGAAGGCCUUUGUAGCUGUCACGGGUGCUCCGUCCUGCCCCUGCGAGGAGGCUGCCACCAUACUCGGUUGGUCGCCUGCUUCAUGUCACGAGCGGCGGUUCAAAAUUUUUAAUUUCGAGAUCAGAGGUGACUCGCGAGAUAAGACGAAACUGGACCCAUCUUUUAUAAACGAAGUUUUUGCUAGCAUGAAAGGGCUGAUGCGAAUUCACGGGCCUUCGCUCAUCAUGACAACCAACACGAUAGCUCCUUCUGUGCGUGAGGCAUUAACUCUUGCUGUCAGGACGAUCAAUGCCACAUUGGUAGAGCUUCCACCAUCAGCUGUCCCAUACUCGCUCUGGAUUCCUGACAUUCGAUCAGUCGCUCUGCACUAUUGGAACAACAUAAAAAUCUCAAUCAGCAUCAUCACACAGACACGGCCAGCUUCCCUGCGUCGCUUGCUGAACUCGUUGACAAAUGCACACUACCUAGGGGAUAAGAUUGGGAUCACGUUCAACAUGGACAGCAAGGUGGACUCUGAAACAUUGCUUGCGAUCCACGCCUUCAACUGGCCGCACGGCCCGAAGACCGUGAAGCGGCGCAUUAUCCAGGGCGGGCUGAUUCGCGCUGUGAGCGAGAGUUGGUACCCCGCCUCUGACGAUGAUUUCGGCUUGCUCCUGGAAGAUGACAUCGAAGUCUCCCCUUUCUACUACAUGUGGCUCAAGUAUGCGCUUCUCGCGUACCAUUACGACCCCACAGUUCACCUCCCCGAGCUGAACGCGAUCGCCUUGUACACCCCCCGAGUUGUAGAGGUCGUGAAGGAGCGCCCUCGGUGGAAUGGCACGGAUUUUUUCAAAAUGAUUCACCCCAAUACUCCUUACUUGCACCAAUUGCCCUGCAGCUGGGGCGCGUUGUUUUUCCCCCAACGGUGGCGAGAGUUUUACAAGUACAUGGGCAUGCGCUUCACAGAGAAUCCCAAGGACAAUCUGGUUCAAAUUCCGCAUUCCAGGACGAAUGGAUGGCAGGCUUCGUGGAAGAAGUUUUUGAUCGACAUGAUGUAUCUGCGGGGUUAUGUGACGUUGUACCCAAACUUCCCCAAUCAGACUAGCUUUUCUACUAACCAUAUGGAGCCAGGUGCUCACAUCAACGCCUCCGACAACGUCGUGAAACACAAUCGAGAGGAUUUCGUUGUCCCGCUUCUCUACGAGGAUUUCCAGCCACUGCUACCAAAACAGAAACUGCCGCCAGCAUCGAAGCUUCCCGUGUUGAACCUCUUCAAUAUUCCGACGACACUGAAAGGCUUGAAGUCGGCGGGCGCGAAGCUGGGCCAAGACGUGCUCCGUUGUGAGAAGACAGCGGUUGUCACCGUGGAUCCCAUCACCGGAGAACCUCAGAAGUGCAGCACGUUUUGAAAUCACCACUACUUGUUCGCAAAUCAAUCAAUAAGCAUCUCUUCAACCCAGAUGUCACAAUGUUCUGACCAUCGACAAGCUGGGUUGUCUGGAACUUGUCACUCGCAGCCACCACCUUCCUCAGCAUCUAUAAGGAUCUCACAGUCCUCUGAAAGAUCUCUUCCAGACAUAAAUCGACUUCACGAGUAUAAUCAACUGUUUCUUCCUCAGAUGAGACUGGUGUCUCGUAUUGAAUGGGUUGUAGCUGCGAUGUGACGGCAGUUUUGCUCUUGGAUCUCGACAUACGAGAUGAAGCUGAUGUUUCGAUCUCAUCCUCUUUACUCCAUAAUCGUCAGCAGACUCGGGGAGUAUCAAUGCUAAUAACUCGAUGACAGACGCUUUUGCCGUAAUUUUACUUGCCACUCCAAUCAGUGUAGCACAACAGUGAUCUGUUAAUCGGGAGCGGACAGACUGUGAUGUUUGAGUAGUAGAAUGAAUCAGUAGCCUAUUCAUAAGCCUUUCUGAGCAAUCAGAUCACCCUUGAACGUUCAUAUAGAUCAGUGAUUGCAGGAACUAGCGAGCUCCUCCGUCAAUCUCCACAGCUCUCACAAACUCAUCACCAACAAAGGAAGUUGAGUGAGUGACUCAUAAAAAUUGAAGAUCACUGGAACAGUUUUCAAGGUCCUGCUUUCGAUCAUUGUAAUCUUCAGCACAAGCUGCAACUCUGGGGGUUAAAGUUCGAUAUGUGACUGAAGUAAACCUAAUUUAUUUGUUUUUAUUCAUGUCUUUUCAAACCCCUUAAAA